GAAGACGUUUCAUACCUGAAAGACAUGUCCAAGUACAAACCUCACAUUCUUUUGUCUCAGGAGAAUACACAGAUUCGAGAUCUGCAGCAGGAGAACCAAGACCUAUGGCUUUCCUUGGAGGAACAUCAGUAUGCUUUAGAGUUGAUAAUGAGUAAAUACAGAAAACAGAUGAUGCAGCUAAUGAUGGCCAAGAAGAAACUGCAUGCAGAGACUGUCUUAAAGGUGCAUCGUGAUCAUUCAGAGGAAAUUCGGAGUACUGUUGACAGGAUCUGUGAGAUGGGAGGUGUUAUGAGGAAAGCCAUCCAUAUGGAUGAUGAAAAAUCCUUGCAGAUUCAGCAGAAACUAGCUCAGCUAGAGCUUGAAAAUAAAGAGCUACGAGAGCUUCUGUCAGUCAGCAGAGAGUCCCUAAAGAUGAAAAAGGAAGAUGUAAUGAACUCUUCAUCACACUCAACGAAGCCACACCAUGCCUCGGUUCCAGCAUGUUCCAGUACAAGCCUACUGAAGGAGCACAAGUAGAAGUGUCCAGGACUGUACAUAAUCUGCAUUCAGGGUUAUGACAUCUGGUAGAUUAUUUAAGCAACAUUGUCGGCAGUGGAUACAUUUCUCCAACUUUUUAUACAGCUCAGGCUGUGGUGGUGUCCUCUUAAAAGCCUACAUUGUUGAAAUGACAAAUCUUGUCUGUUGUGAACCAGAACUGUCGAUGUGCCUUUGUGUUUCAGACAAAUCGGAAGCACUGCAUUAUGUCUGGUUAUGUCCUCUUGAUGCAGAAGUUUCAGCAGUGCUGUAGAACUUCAUUCCUGUCUUGUUAUUUUUGAGCAGCAGGGGAUAUGCAUAUGUUCUGUUAUGUCUUAAGUUACAGAGCUGCCUCUUUUAAGUUGGUAAUUGUAUUUAGAUAUUCUAAGAAUUUCUUUCUGGAAAAAAAAAGGUUUAUUUUGUUUUGCCCUUUCAGGUCACACUUUGAGAUGAUGUCCUACAAACCAUAUAUUUUUUUAUCAUAUAAUGCCUAAGAAUAAGUGCCUGUUUUCAGGAGUUACCAUGUAUUCUUGGGGUGAAUUAUCAAGAUUCGUGGGACAGACAAGCUUAGGUUAUAUGAAAUCAAACGGUGGUCUUUUAUUAUAUGGCACUUGCACACAAUUUGUUGUGCUUACUUUUACACUCAGACCUCUGCAUUUGUGCCAUUUGUAUAUUAAGAGAAAUACAAUAAAUAGUGGGAUUUUUUGUAUUUAUUUGAAUGUUAAUGAAUAUAUUUUUUCUCAGAGAUAUAUAUGUUACUGUCCUUUAAAAGCACAAAUCUGCUUACUGAUUGCACUUCUGCCAAGUGAAUUGAUUUUGUGAGUAAAAGCCAAGCUAAGUGACAUACACUGAAUGUACUUUGAAAACAGAAACUUUUAUAAGCAUCAGUAUUAAGAAAUUUGGUUUUGUUCAUUAACAAUCUGUAAAGAAAAAUGUAAAUAUGGACACAGAGGGCAAGUUACAAAGUGGGAAUGGUUUUUAAGAAAUUUCUUCGUAGCGAGAAAGUAUUUACCUCAUAGCCAUAAAGUGCACAAAAUAACUUUAGACUUUGGACAUGGAGGUUUUCUGUUGUCAUUAGUCCUCUUAUCCAAUAGAAAAUUUAGUUUCUUCUGUAGUUUAUUUUUCUAUGUUUAGAUUGUUGCAUCAUAUUUUCUGCCAUAUUGUAGCAGUCACUUUUCCCAGAAUUAAUGUCUCUUCAUGUCAUGUCUUGUCCUGUCAUGUGCACAUGCAAAUCAGCAGCUCCUCCCCUCCUUGCAUACAUGUCCCAUUUCUUUAUUGCUAAAGUUACCCACCUUUGGUUUUGAUGUAGUUUUACUAUACUGAAGUGACAACAGUUGUCAUGGUUACACUGGUUUGUCUAUUCUACAUUGUGGCCAUCAAAUUAUUCAGUCUGAAAAUCAGAAUAAAGCAUACAAAGAUAGUAAGUCAA